CAGGACUAUGCCAAUCUGUGGCCAUGUUCCCACCAGCCAGUCAUCUCCUGUCCCUGCUGCUGGUGAUAGACGCAGGGGGGGCCGUGCCCAGCCCCCAGGGGGUUCCCCAGGGCUGCUAUGCAGCAGAGGAAGCUGGGGAGCGGACCUUCCGCUGCAGCCAGGCGGGUCUGAGCGCCGUGCCCACCAGCAUCCCCAACGACACCCGCAAACUCUACCUGGAUGCCAACCGGCUGGUGUCGGUGCCAGCUGGUGCCUUCCAGCACCUGCCUGUCCUGGAGGAGCUGGAUCUGUCCCAUAACGUCCUUGCCCACCUCUCAGGGGCUGCUUUCCAGGGCCUGGCGGGCACACUGCGCCACCUCGACCUCUCUGCCAACCAGCUGGCCUCGGUGCCCGUGGAGGCUUUCAUGGGGCUAAAGAUCCAAGUGAACCUGUCUGCCAACCCGUGGCGCUGUGACUGUGCCCUCCAGGAGGUGCUCCGUCGGGUGAAGCUGGCCCCGGGCACCGGGACAGGCAUCGUGUGUGGCCCAGGAGCCCGACCAGACCUCGUGGGGCAGGAGUUUCUGCCACUGGUCAGGGAGGAAGAGUUGUGUGGGACAGGGCGGGGCGGGGCCCGGCGCAGCACCGACGUGGCCCUGCUGGUCACCAUGGGGGGCUGGCUGGUGCUGGUGGUGGCUUAUCUGGCCCACUACGUGUGGCAGAACCGGGACGAGACCCGACGUCCCCUCAAGCGGGCCCCUGUGCUGCCUGUGCGCUCUGAGGACUCCUCCACCCUCAGCACAAUGGUCUGACGACCAGGGACACUUCUCCGGGUCUGCACCCGGCUCCCCUCUCCAUACCCUCUCCUCUCUUCUGAUCCCCUCUGCCUCCUCUGCAGCCCCUUCCCAUCCCCCAAUUCCAUCCCCUUCCUCCUCUGUCUCUCUGAAACACCUGAUAUCUCUCAGUCCACCAACACCAUCUUCAGUGCCGGGGGGUUUGAUCGCCUAGUUUUCGUACCUACUCUGCUGGUCUCUCAUAAAAAGAGCGAGGGAGAGAGACUGUGUAACAGUUAUUGUUAUAGAUUCACUGCAUGGAAAAAUAUUUUCCAGAAUUAUGAAUUAAUUAACAGUCUAGAAUUCUUUUUUUCAUACUUAUGAACUAUAUAAUGAAGGACUGUGAUGCAUUUUGCAUAGCAC